UAUUGUUCCACAUUGGUACGGAAUAUGAUGAACAAAACAUUGGUUUAGUUUGUCAUCAUUGUCUCAUGUUAAUGUGAGGCAACAGUGAACAACACAUUGAACAAAAUUUAUAAUUUUUUACUCAUUUUCUAAAACUGCAUUUUAAAGUCUUCAAGUCAACCGAAUAUGUCUAUCUUUAUUUCUAGAAUUUCAAGCUGGAAAUUUUUGGUUGUUAAACCCAAUGAACUUCGUAAACUUGCUUUUUAUUCCCGAGGAGAUGGUAUGGCAAAAAGACCUCUUCCAGUUAAUACUGGAAUAAAGUUUGUACCACAACAAGAAGCAUGGAUUGUUGAAAGGUUUGGUAAAUAUAAAGAAACGCUACUACCGGGCUUAAAUCUGCUUAUACCAAUUAUUGAUGAAAUUAAGUAUGUACAAUCACUUAAAGAAAUAGCUAGUGAAGUUCCGCAACAAUCUGCAAUUACUAAAGACAAUGUGACUCUGCAUCUUGAUGGUGUUUUAUAUUUUCGUGUUGUUGACCCAUAUCAGGCUUCAUAUGGUGUAGAGGAUCCACAUUUUGCAAUUACUCAGCUUGCUCAAACUACAAUGAGAUCUGAACUUGGUAAAAUGGCUUUGGAUGAGGUAUUUAAGGAAAGAGAUACUUUAAAUUUAAUGAUUGUUGAGGCAAUAAACAGUGCUGCAAAAGUUUGGGGAAUCAGAUGUUUGAGAUAUGAAAUAAGGGAUAUUCAAUUGCCAGAGAAAGUGAGAGAAUCUAUGCAAAUGCAAGUGGAGGCUGAAAGAAGGAAGCGAGCUACUGUACUUGAAUCAGAAGGUCAACGUGAAUCACAGAUCAAUCGAGCAACAGGUGAAGCAAAUGCUAUUAUGGCCAAAGCUAAAGCACGCGCUGAAGCAAUUAAUCUAAUAUCUAAUGCUUUAAAUCAAACAUCUGGUAAUCAAGCUGCAGCCCUAUCUGUUGCUGAACAGUAUAUCCAAGCAUUUGGUAACUUAGCAAAAACUAGCACUACAGUAAUUUUACCAUCAAAUACAAAUGAUAUCUCAUCAAUGGUAGUGCAGGCAAUGUCGGUAUACCAGUCAAUUAACAACAAUUUACCUGGAGGUUCUAAAAAAGCAAUUGAUGAUAGUGAUGCUGCUGUUGAUGAUAAACAAUCUUCUUCUGAUUUAUCUAAAGUUAAAGAUUCAAUUGGUUUUUUAACACAGAAGGAAUUAGAGAAGUUUGCUUCUAAGCAAGAUUUUAGCAUUUUAACAUCUCCGUCGCGAAAAACUGAUUAUUAAUAACAACUUCUUAAGAAUUAUGUUGUAUUAUUUACAUCGAAAAACAAACUAAAAAUAAUUUUUAAAAAUUAUUUUACAUGA